CUCACUUUUACUUCACUGGGAAUUUGCUCCGCUUGCAUCUUCCACCAUCGGACUCCGAUUCUUCUCAUCCCCUGCACUUGUCCGCUGGGGUAAACGAUCCACGGAGAGUCCCUCGCCCGGUAACUGCGCCAUCCGUCCAACUCCAUUUGUAUUUUCUCCGUUUUGCUGCGGUUUACGUGUGUGUGUUUUCCUGGAAAAAAUCGGCCUGCAACUGCUCUGCUUUCGUUCCGAUGAUCGAGAUUCGCCGUAUAUCUCUCGUUUCCUCGUUUGUUCUGUGGAUUUUCGGGUCCCAAUGAUAUGCAGAUGGUAUUGGCGUCCAGCAUUUGCCUCGCUGUUAAUCUUGAACUGUUUCUUACGAUUGAUUUGGGCGUUUCUCUUUCGGUAUACUUCAGAUUGCGGUUUUGAUCGAGAUCUGAUUGCUUCUCGUUUCUCUUUGCUUUGGUUGCAGGGGGAGAUAGCUGAACUGGAUUGAAUGGAGCAGUACGAGAAAGUGGAGAAGAUUGGGGAGGGGACUUAUGGAGUGGUAUACAAGGCUCGGGAUCGAAUCACCAAUGAGACUAUAGCUUUGAAGAAGAUCCGCCUGGAGCAGGAAGACGAGGGAGUCCCCAGCACUGCCAUUAGAGAGAUUUCACUUCUGAAAGAAAUGCAGCAUGGCAACAUUGUCAGGUGCUACAGGUUGCAGGAUGUAGUGCACAGUGAGAAGCGCUUGUAUUUGGUAUUUGAGUACUUGGAUCUAGAUUUGAAGAAGCACAUGGACUCUUCUCCUGAAUUCGCAAAAACAUCUAUAAUUAUCUUCUAUGUGCAGACAUUCCUGUAUCAAAUCCUCCGUGGCAUUGCUUAUUGCCAUUCUCACAGGGUUCUUCAUCGAGAUUUGAAGCCACAGAAUUUGCUUAUUGAUCGUCGUACCAAUGCACUGAAACUUGCAGAUUUUGGCCUGGCUAGAGCUUUUGGAAUACCUGUCAGGACAUUUACUCAUGAGGUGGUGACUCUGUGGUAUAGAGCCCCAGAGAUCCUUCUUGGAUCUCGACACUACUCUACACCUGUCGAUGUGUGGUCUGUUGGAUGUAUAUUUGCUGAAAUGGUGAACCAGCGCCCGUUGUUCCCUGGGGACUCUGAGAUUGACGAGCUAUUUAAGAUUUUCAGAAUCACGGGUACGCCAAAUGAAGAAACCUGGCCUGGAGUAACAUCUUUGCCCGACUUCAAGUCUACAUUCCCUAAGUGGCCUUCAAAGGACUUGGCCACUGUGGUUCCAACUCUCGAUUCAGCUGGUCUUGACCUUCUACGUAAAAUGCUGUGCUUGGAUCCUGUCAAGAGAAUUACAGCCAGGACUGCCAUAGAACAUGAGUACUUCAAGGACAUCGGUUUUGUGCCUUAAAAGAGGCAGGGAAAACAAAAGGAUAAGGUCACAAGUUCUCAUCUCUGUGUCCUACAAAACAAAUUUGUAUAUGGUUUGUGUAGUAGUAAAAAGGUGUACCCAAUGUGGGGUUUUGGAAGUGUGAGAAGCAAGAUUUGCUUCUCUUGAGAGAAUCCAUGUAGAACGGGUGAAAAAAACAUCAAAAUGGCGAUGUUUUUCUUGUGGGUUUGAAUUUGAUUCCUUACCGGAAAUUAUUAGCUUGAAGGUUGCUUUUUUACUGAGGGCUUGGAGAUUAUUGUGAAUUUUCGUUGGUUGGUUGUUCCCCUGCGCUUUGAUUGUAAACAGUCUUGUUGAGGAAAAAAAAUUAUGGUUUAGUGUCCUU